UUUAAGCAGAUUUUACAAUAACAGAAAUAGGUAGCUAAGAGCGUACUAAAAGUAUUCAAAACAAUUCAUUAAAAAACAACAAUUUAUCUAUUUGCCGCAUUUUGUGCAAGAGUUCUCUAGUUUUUGUUAUGGCACAAAAAGCAGAAGAUUUUAACCUACCUUUAUCAGCUAUAUCUAAAAUAGUAAAAGAGGCUAUUCCUGAAGGUGUUCAAGUUACAGAUGUUGCUAAAGUUGCCUUAUCCAAAGCAGCUAGUGUUUUUAUAUUGUAUUCAACAUCUAGUGCAAACAAUUUUUCACAUGCUGCCAAUAGAAAACGUAUUCUAGGCAGAGAUGUCUUUGAUGCCUUAAAAGAUAUGAAAUUAGAAUUCUUAAAUCAUCCUUUGCACAAUGCUCUUACAGCUUAUAAAAAUACAAUGGAAACAAAAAAGCAAAAGAAAGAGAAUAAAAGAGCAUCUACUGCUAAAGAAGAAGAACCUGAAGAAGAAAGUAUGGAAGUUGAAGCUUCUACAGAACAAGAACUUGAUGUCAUCACUCUUGACUCUGACUCAGGUAGUGGAAGCGAGAGUGUGCAGGAGGAAAGUGGUGCAAGUAGUAGUGAAGACUGAAUCAGAACAAAAACAGUUCAGAGAUUUAAAGCUGUGAUCAUGAAACUCUUCAUUUUUUUUCCAAAUGCCAUCUCUUAUCAUUUCCCUGUAUUUGUCAAUGAGUUGUACUUCAUAUUAUGUACUAAAAGUUCAUUAAAGGAAUUUUAACUUUGUUUUGAA